ACGUGACUGCAACGGGACAAUGGCAAAUGGUUGUCCCGUCGGGACAACUAUUAGCCAUUGUCCCGACACGUUGUCUCAACUGUUCACACGGGGACAAUAGAGGGACAACAGUAGAGAGACAACGUUUGCGCGCAAUAAAAAGCCUCGUGUGAACCCACCUUUAGCCAUUGUCCCAUCAACGUUGUCUCAACUGUUCUCACGGGGACAAUAGAGGGACAACAGUAGAGAGACAACGAGAUUGCGCGCAAUAAAAAGCCUCGUGUGAACCCACCUUUAACAUUGUAUGAUCGUUCUUUAGAUAUCCGCUUCUAAUCGGAUGGAUAUUACUCGUUUUCUCCAGUUAAAUCUGAGCAUGCGCAGAAAAACUUAUUGCAAAUUGGAGAAUUUCUGUGGCCAUUAGCAUCGCAUAACGGUGUUUGAAUUCAACUUCUGUUCUAAACUUUGAAAUAAUUGUGAGUUAUGGAAGCAGCGGAAAGAGCAAAAAUAUUGCUUAUAAGUCACCAAGGUUAAAUAUAUGCAGCUAACGCUCUACUUUUCAAUAAGGCUUAGGAUCUCAUCAACCCAGUGAUUGAGAAGAAAAGCUAUUACUUUAUAUAUGCAAUAAAAACAAGUAGUCCUCUGAAAAUUUUUAAAAAAUAUUCUGUCAAUUCUUGUAAAAUAUAUAAAUCAUGCACAAGCAGCAUAUCUAUUAAGAUACCUUUGCUAAUAAUAGUUUUUUUUUAAUUCUUUACAAGGCACUUUAACAAAGCAUUUUUUCACGCUUGUGAAAGAAAAGCAAAUAUGUGGAUCAUGCACUCUAAAAUAUUAUUUUAAUCUAUGCACUCAAAUUUAGAAUCUAUGCAACCUUAUGUAAGUAGAGUCUUAAUGUGUAGUAGAGUCUUUUCUUCGCAGGAAUAUAUGAUGCCACAAAACUCGACGCUUAUUAGACAGAAACCAUUUGUUUGUCAUGUGUGCAAUAAAGUGUUCUCUCUACGAGGGAGUUUAAAGAUACAUUUAAGAACGCAUACAAAAAAUCUGUAUGCUUGUAAUGUAAGCGAUAAAAUAUUUUCCCAACAAGGAAAUUUAAAGACAAAUUUACUGACACAUACGAAAGAGAAACUACAUAUUUGUGAGAUAUGCUGUAAAAUGUUUUCUGUACGAGGAAAUUUAAAGAGACAUUCACUGAUAUGCAAGAAAGCGUUUUUUCAUAAAGGAAGUUUCAAGAGGCAUUUAAGGAGGCACACGAAAGAGAAACCGUAUAUUUGUGAGAUUUGCAGUAAAGUGUUUUCUAAAAAAGGAGGUUUAGACAUGCAUUUAAGAACGCAUACGAAAGAGAAACCGUAUGUUUGUGAGAUUUGCAGUGUAGCGUUUUCUGGAAAAGGAAAUUUAAAGAGACAUUUAAGAACGCAUACGAAAGAGAAACCGUAUGUUUGUCAGAUUUGCAGUGAAGCUUUUUCUCAAAAAGGAACUUUAAAGAUACAUUUAAGAACGCAUACGAAAGAGAAACCGUAUGUUUGUGAGGUUUGCAGUGAAGCUUUUUCUCAUAAAGGAAGUUUAGACAUACAUUUAAGAACGCAUACGAAAGAGAAAUCGUAUGUUUGUGAGAUUUGCAGUGUAGCGUUUUCUGGAAAAGGAAAUUUAAAGAGACAUUUAAGAACGCAUACGAAAGAGAAACCGUAUGUUUGUCAGAUUUGCAGUGAAGCUUUUUCUCAAAAAGGAACUUUAAAGAUACAUUUAAGAACGCAUACGAAAGAGAAACCGUAUGUUUGUGAGGUUUGCAGUGAAGCUUUUUCUCAUAAAGGAAGUUUAGACAUACAUUUAAGAACGCAUACGAAAGAGAAAUCGUAUGUUUGUGAGAUUUGCAGUGUAGCGUUUUCUGAAAAAGGAAAUUUAAAGAGACAUUUAAGAACGCAUACGAAAGAGAAACCGUAUGUUUGUGAGAUUUGCAGGAAAGCGUUUUCUCAAAAAGGAAGUUUAGACAUGCAUUUAAGAACGCAUACGAAAGAGAAACCAUAUGUUUGUGAGAUUUGCAGUGAAGCGUAUUCUCAUAAAGGAAGUUUAAAGAUACAUUUAAGAACGCAUACGAAAGAGAAACCGUAUGUUUGUGAGAUUUGCAUUAAACCUUUUACUCGUAAAGCAAGUUUAAAUAUACAUUUAAGAACGCAUACGAAAGAGAAACCGUAUGUUUGUGAGAUUUGCAUUAAACCUUUUACUCGUAAAGCAAGUUUAAAUAUACAUUUAAGAACGCAUACGAAAGAGAAACCGUAUGUUUGUGAGAUUUGCAGCAAACCUUUUCCUCAAAAAGGAACUUUAAAGAAACAUUUAAGAACGCAUACGAAAGAGAAACCUUAUGUUUGUGAGAUUUGCAGUAAACCGUUUUCUCAAAAAGGAAGUUUAGACAUGCAUUUAAGAACGCAUACGAAAGAGAAACCGUAUGUUUGUGGGUUUUGCAGGAAAGCGUUUUCUCAAAAAGGAAGUUUAGACAUGCAUUUAAGAACGCAUACGAAAGAGAAACCUUAUGUUUGUGAGAUUUGCAGUAAACCGUUCUCUCAAAAAGAAAAUUUAAAGAAACAUUUAAGAACGCAUACGAAAGAGAAACCUUAUGUUUGUGAGAUUUGCAGUAAACCGUUUUCUCAAAAAGGAAGUUUAGACAUGCAUUUAAGAACGCAUACGAAAGAGAAACCGUAUGUUUGUGGGUUUUGCAGGAAAGCGUUUUCUCACAAAGGAAGUUUAGACAUGCAUUUAAGAACACAUACGAAAGAGAGACCGGACGUUUGAAAUAUAUGCAAUAAAACAUUUUCUUGUGGAAACAUUUUAUGGAAAUAUUUUCUGAUAAAUACGAAGCAGAAAGUUCUGUAUGUAAUAAAGUAUUUAAUGAAAAAGGAAA